AUGGGCUUGCUAAUUGCCAUUCUUCUAGUACAGAUUGCAAUUGCCGAAAAUAUACUUAAAACACCUUGCUAUGCGCUUGAAAACGCGAUCAAAUGCCUCAACCCCAAAAACCCAGCAAACGUCCUCUCCGAAACAAUAAGCGAAACAAACCCUGGAUGUCCAACUAUUUCCGUUUUCGACUGGUGCGUUCCAGGACAUCUUUAUGGCGAGUCGGCAAAAGUUCGCUGUCCAUGGCAUAAUUUCUACCAGAAGGAGCCGGACAAAUGGCCUGCGCAUACGUUUACUGAUUUCGGGCACCCUGGAUUCAACGAAACUGCUUGGACUACGAUCGACUGCGAUAUCCAUCCGUACAAGUUGGCCGUCAGUUGGACCAAUUUGGACAGAACGAUCUGCAAAGAACAUGUCAACAAUUUCGAGCAGGAUUACUGUGACUCCCUGCCGCCGCACUGUAACUGCGAUCCGUUGUGCGCCGCUGCCGGGGUCGAAAAUGUCAACUCGUCGAUUUCGUCCGUGAAUGGAACGACUGAUGGAAACGCGCAAAUCAUCAACUCGCUCCAGCACUUGCGGAUGGCCAAAAUGAUCAUGGUGUCGGGCUAUGCGGUGUCAUUAAUUGCCACAACGCUGGGCUCGAUAUUGAUGCUCAUGCUGAGACGGCUGCGAUGCACGCGCAUUUACAUCCACAUAAAUUUGCUUAUUUCAUUCAUGAUGCGCGCGCUGCUCUGGUUGUUCCACGGCUCCGUAUAUGGAAACGCAGACGAUUCCCUGUCACAUUCGCCAGCUCUUCAGCCCGACCCAAUCGUCAUGCAGUACUUUCAAGACAACAACCUAUCCAACUCGACGGAUCCGAAGGAAAUCCACAAAAUUGCAUUCGAACAUCUGGUGAAAGAUCUGCUGAAUAAGAAAAGCGGCGUGUCGGAUUAUCCAGCUCUCAAAGAUGCUCAUACGACAUUUUGCGAGGCCCGUGAUCCAGAAACAUCUAGCGCUUUCGUCUGCAGAACUUAUGAAGCCCUAUUUAUGUACUUCCAGCUAUGUAAUUAUUUUUGGUUUCUCGUGGAAGGCUUUUACCUAAAAAUGCUACUUCAACGGUCCUCCGUGAGAGCGAUGAGCAAUAUGAAGUACUAUUUAUUGUUUGGAUGGGCAUUGCCACUUCUGCCGAUCCUUAUUUGGAUUAUUGUCAGUCUAAUCACAAGGAGCGACAAGCCAUGUUGGAUCGAUGACGAAAAUGGCCGUGUCACUGAAAAAGACUACACAAACAUGCUCAUCUUGGAAAUACCAAUUAUGGUCACAGUUCUUAUCAACGUCUUCAUUUUCGUCUCAGUUGUUACUAUUGUCGGCUCCAAGCUUCGGGCAACGCUGAGAAAAUCAGACUUUCGUUAUCGACUUUUGCGAGCUAAUUUGGCUCUUAUUCCUCUUCUUGGCAUUCAUUACUCCUUGACCAUGUUCGUUAAGUAUUUGGCCACUGAAGACAAAACGACACUUCAUACAGUAUGCAAUUACAUCAAUACGAUUAUGAGUUCACUCCAGGGACUCUUCGUUGCCAUCAUUUAUUGCUUUUGCAACGCGGAGGUCCAGGACGAAUUGGAAAAAUCAUAUGCCGCCUGGAAACUGGGAAAGGACGUCCGCGACGAUGCGAUUCGGAGAAGAUCUACUCUUUCUAAUUCACAGUCUGGAGGAACCUGGUGGCCUCAAGGACGUCGUAGGUCAUCAAUAUUCGGAACUAGCCGGGGUCAAAGCUUUUCUGUUCCUCAGAGAAGAUCGACUGAGCAGACAUAUGUCCCCAGUGAAUCUCUUCUGAGUACGAGACCGACAAAUAUCGGUGGAACUUCCACGAUGCGAAAAGCCAAGUCGAAGAUUCAAAACAUGAUCAACGGCACUGAUAAUCAUGAUAAAACGACUUAUUCCGGCAUGGGUGCUGCUAAAAAGUUGUCGAUACAGGGGCAGACUUCGCUAGAAGAAUCGCGCCCAAUGUCAGUUUUCCAGACAAUGGGCGGUAUCGCGGAAGAAGACAACGAAGACUCCCCGGCAGUCUCUGAAUCCGACGCUUUUCUGGGCUCUCCGCGGCGGCAGGGCGUCUUCACGAUGGACAGUCGCCUCUCGCGAUUCGCCGAUGACUCGGGCUACGAGGAUAACCAGCAACCAAAUCAGAAUCCAACUCAAAGUGAAACGAAGCCUUCCAGUCCUCCACCAUCUCCAUCACCGAAAUGA